AUGGAGGAGCUGAGCAGCGUGGGAGAGCAGGUCUUCGCCGCAGAGUGCAUCCUCAGCAAGCGGCUGCGCAAGGGCAAGCUGGAGUACCUGGUCAAGUGGCGAGGCUGGUCCUCCAAGCACAACAGCUGGGAGCCCGAGGAGAACAUCCUUGAUCCAAGACUCCUCCUGGCUUUCCAAAAGAAGGAACACGAAAAAGAAGUACAGAAUCGGAAGAGGGGCAAGAGGCCCAGGGGCAGGCCCAGGAAACAUGUGGAACCAGAGAUGCCUACAAAAACAGCUAAGUCAAGUAGCUCCUCUUCCUCCACAUCUUCCUCUUCCUCCUCCUCGGAUGAAGAGGAUGAAAGUGACCUGGAAGCAAAGAGAGGUCCUCGCAGCAGAGAGACUCACCCGGUACCGCAGAAGAAAGCUCAGAUCCUGGUGGCAAAGCCUGAAAUGAAAGACACUUCCAGGAAGAAGCGUGGGAGGAAACCUCUUCCCCCGGAGCAGAAAGCAGCUCGAAGGACGGUGAACCUGACAAAGGUGAUGAAAACAUCCCGGAAGGAGGUGGGUGGCAGUGCCAAGCUGAUGGGGAAGAUGCAGCCCCAGCACAGCUCGCAGGGCUCAGGCAUGGCCAUGCUGAAGGACUCACCAGGCGCCUUGGCUGGGCUCAGCUCAGGGGGUUCACCUGCAGAAAACCUGUCCAACAUGAUGAAGAGUGGCUCCACGAGCCCAAACCGGGCCCAGAUCAGCUGGCAGAGCUCUAUUGUGCACUACAUGAACAGGAUGUCCCAAAGCCAGAACUCAGCAGAGACCUCUCCCCUGGGCAGGCUGGCGCUUAAGUCACAGGCAUCCAGCAAGAGCAGCUUAGGCCUGGACUUAAAAAUGAGGAACCAGAAAGGAUCUGGGGAGCUUGGGCUGAGCACACAGGGACCCAAGACCACAAAGGCUCCUAACAGUGGUGCUGGAGGGGACCAAAAAUCAGGAUUUGCUGCAGGAGGCCAAAUGCUGCACAAUGGCAACAAGACACCAGCAAGCUCAUCUGGGUCUGGCAACCAGCAGGCCUCCAGCCAGGAGCUGAACCUCCAAGCUCUAAACCUGCAGAGUGUCAAAAACGGGGUGAGCACAGCUGGCGGGAGCAGCCUCCCUCGGCACCUUUGCAGCGCCCUAUCCAAAGGCUCUGGCAGUGGCACAGCAGCAAGCACAGGGGCUGGGGGCACAAAGGGCAGCACAGCGGCUGCCAGGUUGAAUGCUGCCAGCGCCGGUGUGCGCUCAGGGGGGGACGGUGCCAAGAACGAGAAGCAGGCACACCAAGCAGGUGACAGGGACUUGGCCAAAAGUGGCACAGCCAGCACACAGGAGGGGCACACAGCCACCGAGAACCGCAAGCGGUCUGCGCUCUCGGAAGUGAGCACAGGUGACGAGACCAGCUCCGAUUCGGACCGGGAUUCGGCGUCGUUCCCAGGCGUGGGUCAGAACAUGUCUGUCUCUAUCCAGACCAGCCAGGACUGGAAACCCACCCGCAGCCUGAUCGAGCACGUCUUUGUCACCGAUGUCACUGCCAACCUGAUCACAGUGACGGUCAAGGAGUCUCCCACCAGCGUUGGGUUUUUCAACCUACGGCAAUACUGA